UUAAAAUGGCUGCGCCCACGAAAGUCAUUUGUUUAUUAAGUAACUUAAAACAAUUUCGAAAUAUUUGCAUUAACACAGAAUGGAGACAGUUACUUUUAUCUAAACAAAGACAGUCAUAUACUAACUGUGUUAGGUGCUUUGGUUUCACAAAUUCUCUGUGCCAUGGAGAGUAUGAAUACAAAGAUCCUGCUUCAGAAGAGGACAUAGUCAACAUCACGUAUGUGGACAAAAGUGGCAAGAGAAUUCCAGUUCAAGGCAAGGUUGGAGACAAUGUCAUGUAUCUGGCUCAUAGAUAUGGGAUUGAACUAGAAGGGGCGUGCGAGGCGUCGCUAGCUUGCUCCACAUGCCACGUGUAUGUACAUGAGGACUUCUGUGACAGGCUGCAGGAACCCAAAGAAGAGGAAGAUGACAUGCUGGACAUGGCACCAUUUCUCAAAGAAAACUCCAGAUUAGGUUGCCAGAUAACUCUGAGUAAAGCUCUGGAAGGUAUUGAAGUCACAUUGCCUCAGGCAACCCGUAACUUCUACGUGGAUGGACAUGUACCACAACCACACUGACAGCCGAGCACUGUAGUUACCAACCUAUUUCUAGACUCAUGAAUAAUGAGGCAUAAUCUGGGAAAUCUGGGCCUAAUGCAUGUGCGUAAAGUAUCCUCUCAGAUUAGGCUGUGUAGUCUGCUCAGGCUAAUUAGGGACAACACUUUCCACCUUAGCUGGAUUUUUGUUUAGAGGAGACUUCCUUUGACCAGUUUUUUUUCCAUAAAACCAAACUGCUAAGCCUUGUCUGAGACUGCACUUUUUACACAUGCAUGAAUCCCAUUUUUGAGAGUAGUGAUAUUAUUUAAUACCAGAGUGAAGUCUAAGAAUUGGUUGGUGAAUGUUUGUGAAGAUCGUUAUUAUCCAUGGAUGAAGAUCAAACCGUGUUUCAAUGGGACAUUGAUUGAAUUGCUGGGCUUCAUGUACACCUGUGUUGUGAUAUGUCGACACAGUGAUCAUUGCAUACCUGUGUACUUAUUGCUUGCAGAUGGAUGUACAACAUAUACUCAGCAUCAGUUGUCUUGCGGCAUCAUUUCACCUGCAGUAUUAAAUAUCACAUCCAGCUUGUCUUUUCAGCUAUUAUUCUUGUGAUAUUCUGUUUGUGUACGAGACCAUACAAUCAUUUUGUACCUCUAUUUGGUAUUUAUUGUUCAUAUUGAAUUUGAAUUUAAGAUGUUAAAAUGUCUUGUAAAAUUUCAGCUUUUGUCUUUACUGUUUUGUCUGUCGUAUAACCGAGUUCAAACAAUACCAUGCCGUUAUUUUUGGAUACAAAUCAAUAAUUGUUGGUAGAAUACUAUACUGUAUAAGUGAAUAUUUGUGCGUGUCGAAAAGUUAGCGAAUUCAAAAUAACAGACAUUUUGCGUGUGUAAAUGUUAGCGAAUCGCCCAUAUCAAAAGUGCAUAAAAAUAUUUCAAGUUGUAAAAAUUGCAAUUUAUUGUUUGUUCUGUCUUUUUCUUUGUCAAAAAUUGCUGUUUGCUAGUAGUUUAUCACUUGCAUUACAAGAAUGUAUUAGACCAUUGCGAGAUGCAGGUUUGUUGUUAACACCUCUAUUGUAACGAGUGUUGCGAUCGUUAUAAUGUGAUAUAUAACUUUUAGCACGGCCUUUUCUCCGAUUACAAUAAUCCUAUUGAUAUCAAGUCAUAAGUUGUGAAAACAUGUUUGCCUACCGAGGCUUGAUAGUUAAUCAAACAAAAUAAUAAAUAUAUUUUUUAUAAACUUGUUUAUAUAUAUUUCUCCAACAAAUUAUAAUCGCAAUUAUUUUUAAUCGAUCACAAAGUAGUUUUUUUUAUCUUUAACCGAUGUCAAAAUUAUUUUUUUUCCAUGAUGGUAAACAGUAUAUAUAUGUACCCUGUGUCACAGUAAAUUUCUACUCUUAUACAUUAUAAUGGCGGCGCAAUUUUGGCUGGCAAAUAAUUAGCGAAUUCAUUGCGUUCGCGAAAUUCUCAAAAAUUUCCACUUCGCUAACUUUACCACUUAUACAGUAACUUUUAAGCUUAUUCUGAUGAAACUUUAUGUGGAAAAUUAACCUAGCACAAUACAUUUAUAUUCAGAAGACAAAUUACAGCGUAAUUAGGUCAAGACAGCUAACUCCUAGUCAUACAUAUAAGUCUGUUUUGGGAAUUUUUAUUGAAACUGUGGUUAUUUUCAGCAUUUUGUUAUAAUAUCAUAUAAGUCUGUUUUUUUGGCAUUCUUAUUGAAACUGCGGUGCUUUUGAGCAUAAUUAAAUAACAUAAUCAUGAAAAAAGAAUUAAAUAGGUAAUGUAUCAGGUUCAAUGAAGCUUUUUGAUUUUCUAAUUAAUUAUGAAAUAUUGUGACUCGACAUGUGAGCAGUAUAAUAAUGGGAUAUUCCGAAAUAGCACUGGUCAAACAAACCAGAUUUUAAAAUAUGUUCUGUUAAGUUGGUUUCAUUGCAAUGAAUAAACAAUAAUAGUUAUUGUCAACAUUUAAGUCUACCAAUUGUUUCAUAAGAUGAAUAAGCAUAAACUGAACAGAUAAAUCCCUUUUUGGUUAAUAGGUUGCUGCUUGAAUUUUUGGGUGAUGCUGUGAUCUUCGAGAAUGUCGUUGAACAAUCACAUUUAUAAAUAUGAUUUGUUUGUAUAAGGCAAAUCCUGGUUUGAUGUCUAUGCUUGUUGUAUUGAAUAUGUAUUUAAAGAAAUAUUACAAUUUGAAAAACA